AUGGUGAUCAGGUUCAUAGAUGUUGAUUGUAACAUUCCAACCGCUCAGCUUCAGCUAAUACUCGAUAUCUGUGGAUCAGUGGAUUCAUCUAGUUUUGCCACUAACCCUUUUGCUCUACUCGACGAGCUCUAUAGCCAUGUCUUGAAGUCUAGCAAAGAAAUGGAGAGGGCUAUGUCUAUACUUGGGGCUAUCUUCUAUCUAAAUGGCAGCCAAAGUGUGACUCUUCGAUUCCUCCAGGUGCUUUUCCAACUUGAACAUGAGGAUAUUAUGGUGAUUUUUUGA